ACGAACCUACGGUUAACAUGUUCUCGUAAUAUCUGUGAUUAAAGACAACUUCCGUCUUUUGAAUAGAUCUAACGUUGUUUGUUACAGUUUUCGAAUUAUAUUUAUUCGCACAACUAUACGAUAUUGUCCUCCGCCUGUUAUCAUCGCUUCCUUAUGGCGAUGAGGUUAUGUAUGUCCGAAUUAUAAACAAGAGUGAGCAUCAAAAUGCCAAGAACGUGCACGAUAUUUUCCACCGAUUGUGUAUCAGCGGAAAUUCGGUGGAGGAUGUGAAACUUUAAAAAUACAACGAUGAAAUCCGUGUACAAAUUGUUUUUCCUGUGCCUUAUCUUCGUUGCACUGAUAAUACUGCUUAACUCGACUAAUUUCUCAAAUAAAAUUUACGAUGCGCAGACCAAAGAGGCUGUCGUUGCCUCGACCACUGCCAAAAGAAUUCUACCACCGCCUGCAAUAGGGGAAGUGACAAUAUGCGUGGUAGUUUGUGGGGACAGAUUGGACGAAGCAUUGACAAUGCUAAAGUCAGCUCUGGUUUUCACCAGUAGACCCCUACAGUUUAUUGUUCUGGCUGAGAACAAUUUGAUCCCUGCGUUCACUGAGAAACUAGCAGAAUGGAAGCUGAUGUCAAAUAAAACCUUUGACUUUACAGUCAAAUCUAUUACUUUCCCAGAGGGAAGCGACGCAGCUAUGUGGAAGAAGCUGUUCAAGCCAUGUGCGGCUCAAAGAUUAUUUCUGCCAUCAGUUUUAAACGAGACAGAUGCUGUUCUCUAUGUAGACACGGAUACUAUGUUUUUGGCUCCACCAGAGACGAUCUGGGACGAAUUUAAGAAGAUGAACUCAAGUCAGUUGGCAGCUUUAAGUCCAGAGCACGAGGAUCCUAGCACAGGAUGGUACAACAGAUUUGCAAAGCAUCCGUAUUAUGGAAAAUUGGGUGUGAAUUCAGGUGUAAUGUUAAUGAACCUGACGAGGAUGCGAGAGUUCAGAUGGAUAGACUAUGUGAUACCCAUCCACAAGGAGUACAAAUUGAAGAUAACAUGGGGGGAUCAGGACAUAAUUAACAUCAUAUUCCAUUACCACCCGGAGAAGCUCUACGUUUACUCUUGCAGAUUCAAUUACAGACCGGAUCAUUGCAUGUACAUGCCUGUUUGUACCAAGGCAGAAAAAGAAGGAGCCUUGGUGUUGCAUGGAUCCAGGGGAACGUUUCAUUCGCAAAAACAACCACCGUUCAAAGCUAUCUAUAAAGCUAUGCAAGAGUACCAGCUAAACACAGAUCCGUACGACUAUUUAUUGGUACCGAUGAGAAACUACUUAGCACUGGAACAUAGAUCAAACUGUGGCAAACUGUGGAGAGUAUUCAUUAUACAACCUGAACUACAUUUAGGACAACAGUAACAUGUAAAUGUCUUCUCUGUUCAAAGCAAUAAUGCAUAGAACAUAGCUGUUUCAAACUGUAGUACUUCCUUUUGUUACUAUUUAAACGCUUUCUCGAUUCCAUGGCAAUAUUUAAUGAUAGUAACAGGUAAUGCCAACACAAAUACCGUAGGGUAAGUUCUACACGUUAAUGUAAAUCCUCUAUACAG